UAUUGUUGAAUUUCUGUGUGCGUGGAGAAUUAAUUUAAUCAAUUAAAUAGUUUUCAUAAUGAAUGUUGUACGAAUUAAUUCAAAAAAUGUGAUUUUUAUACUUUUGGCGAUUUUUUCGACUACUGUCAAGCAAGCUCAUAUGGGUUAUGAAAGUGCAAUUAAAUAUGCACAAAAGGAGGCUAAUGUAAACUCUACACCAGCAUAUAGUAGUACAAAGGAAGAGAUUUCAAGACUAUGUCCAAGUGGUAUUGCUUGUUCAGAAUUGAGUGGAGAUUGUUUAAAAUGUAACUUAAAUUCUAAUUGUGUAUAUGGAGCUGUAUAUGUUGCUAAUUGUUCUGUUUUAGAGCAUGUUGACUGUAUUGGUGAACAAUUCUUUCAAAAGAAGUAUGUAUGCCGUUACUGUUAUCAAACUGAACAUUGGGAGCACGAAUGCCACCAAAAAAAUUCUUGUAGCUCUGUAGCAUCCCCACGACAAUAUUAUACAACAAAUUGUACAGUAAAUGGUGAUAUAUUAUGUUUAGGAAGACGUAGAUUUAUGAAAAAUUUAUUAUGCAAUUGGACUGUAGGAUAUCGUUGGUCUACUGCUUUAAUCUUGAGCAUUACAUUGGGAGGUUUUGGAGCUGAUCGAUUUUAUUUAGGUCAUUGGCAAGAAGGAAUUGGUAAAUUGUUCAGUUUUGGAGGACUUGGAGUGUGGACAUUAAUUGAUGUAAUACUUAUUUCUAUGAGAUAUUUAGGUCCAGCAGAUGGAUCAUUAUAUAUUUGA